AUGAUGGGCCUUCAACAGCCAGGGCCGGUCUCACGCCUCCUGCAGCUCCCUGGGGAACUUCGCAACAGGAUCUAUCAGUACGCCAUCACUGGCUUGACCGAGAGCGAACCAAUCGACGUUACCAUUCGAGGCAUACCAGAGCCAGAGCUUCUGCGCACAUGCAAGCGCAUCAGAUCAGAGGCAAUAUCCAUCUACUACUGUGAGAACCACUUCAGGUGCAUCGCAUCCUCCUUCGACUCGGCCGUACAUUUCGGGUUCGCGCAGAAGAUGAUCUCCAUCAACAGAAGUCACCAGGUGGACUUUCAGCUCAAACCCUUGCCCAUGUGCAGUGAGGGCCCAGUCAGCUGGCCAAACCUCAAGCUCUGGGUGCAGCGUCUACAUUCGAAGGAGUUAGGAUUCUUGAGAGAUAUGGGACUAGGGCGGCCUCGGGCGGAGACCACUGCACAGCCUGGCGCUGGCAUUCGAGCGGCAGAAGUCAUCAUGAUGUCCGGUAUCUUCAGUCUCGCCCUUGAUCUGAGAGAGACUCCGUGGUCAGUUGUUGAGGGAAUUUUGGAGAACUCUGAUGCUGCCUUGGCCACGCUGGAUGCAGCUUGGUCUUAG